AUGGCGAAAGGACAUAGAUCUACCACUUCUCAACGUAAGGAGUCUCGUAAGAACGAGAUCCAAUACAUCAAAGAACUAGAGACUCGAACCCAAGAGUUCGAUCUUAAGAAUAAUAAGACUAAUUUUUUCAGAGAUCUACCAAUCAGUAAUGCUACCCUUAAAGGGUUACAGGAGGCUUCUUUCAUAAAACUAACUGAAAUUCAAAAAGACUCCAUCCCAGUCUCUUUGAAAGGCGAUGACGUCCUUGGGGCAGCUAAAACAGGCUCAGGUAAGACGCUGGCUUUUCUGGUACCAAUACUAGAAAAGCUUUAUCGUGAAAGGUGGACCGAGUUUGAUGGAUUGGGUGCUCUGGUCAUUUCACCGACACGAGAAUUGGCAAUGCAAAUAUAUGAAGUGUUAACGAAGAUCGGUGCACAUACAACGUUUUCCGCAGGUUUAGUGAUUGGUGGUAAAGAUGUCAAGUUUGAACUGGAAAGAAUUUCAAGGAUAAAUAUACUUAUUGGCACUCCUGGUAGAAUAUUACAGCAUAUGGACCAAGCUGUAGGGCUAAACACCAAUAAUUUACAAAUGCUUGUAUUGGACGAAGCGGACAGAUGCCUUGAUAUGGGGUUCAAGAAAACUUUGGAUGCUAUUGUAGGUAAUUUACCGCCCUCAAGGCAAACAUUACUGUUUUCUGCAACACAGUCGCAGUCUUUGGCUGAUUUAGCUAGAUUAUCCUUAACGAACUAUAAAACUGUGGGCAAUUCUGAGGCCAAAAAUGGAACUAAUGGUCUGGAAAACGAAAUAAGCACUCCAGAAACAUUGCAACAAUGUUAUAUCGAAGUGGAACUCGCAGAAAAACUCGAUACCCUGUUCAGCUUUAUUAAGACCCAUUUGAAAAAUAAAAUGAUCGUUUUCCUCUCCAGCUCAAAGCAGGUUCAUUUCGUUUACGAAACUUUCAGAAAACUGCAACCCGGUAUUUCGUUAAUGCAUUUACAUGGUAGACAGAAGCAAAAAGCAAGAACAGAAACCUUAGAUAAGUUUAGUCGUGCACAACAAGUCUGUCUUAUCGCAACUGAUGUUGUUGCUAGGGGUAUAGAUUUCCCAGCGGUUGAUUGGGUUAUUCAGGUUGACUGUCCCGAAGACGUUGAUACAUACAUUCACAGGGUUGGAAGAUGUGCUCGUUAUGGAAAGGAAGGAAAAUCUCUAAUCAUGCUCACAACUCAAGAACAAGAGGGGUUUUUGAAGAGAUUAAAAUCAAAAAAUAUUGAACCUAAUAAAUUGACAAUAAAGCAAUCGAAAAAGAAAUCAAUUAGACAACAAUUACAAUCGUUACUAUUUCAAGAUCCUGAAUUGAAAUACUUGGGCCAAAAGGCUUUCAUUUCCUAUAUAAGGUCUAUUUAUAUUCAAAAGGACAAGGAAGUUUUUAAAUUUGAUGAAAUUCCAACGGAAGAGUUUGCUAAUUCGUUAGGAUUACCAGGUGCACCCAAGAUCAAGAUAAAAGGUAUGAAAGCCAUUGAGCGUGCAAAGACAUUAAAAAAUUCAUCUAGACAAUUGUUGUCGUUAUCGAAAGUUGAAGAUGAUGGUGAAACGUUAAAAGAGGAGCCAAAAAAAGUAAGAACGAAGUACGACAAGAUGUUUGAGCGUAAGAAUCAAACAAUUUUGAGUGAACACUACAUGACUGUUACAAAAGCUGCAGCAGACGAGAAUGAAGAUGAAGAUUUCAUGGUCAUAAAACGUCAUGGACAUCAAUUAGAUGAGAAAGACCUGCCCGAACUAAUAGCCCCCACUUCAAGGAGGGCGCAGAGAAAGGCCUUAUCAAAGAAGGCUUCCUUAUCGUCAAAGAACAAUCCUUCCAAAAUGGUCUUUGACGAUGACGGGAAUGCACACCCAAUAUACGAACUUGAAGAUGAGGAAGACUUUGAGAAAAGGGGGAGUGCACAACGCCAGAAGAAGGAAUUCUUGAGCAAGGAAUCGGCUACAAUGGCUGAAGUCGAUACUGAAGAUAAAAAUCUUGCGAAACAAAAAAAGCAAGAAAAGAAGAGGAGACAAUUAGAACUCAUGAGGAGAGAAAUGGAAGCCAGCAUGGCCGAAGAACACAGUGAAGACGACAAUAUAGGCGAACCUGUGGCAUACGUGGGUACAGGCCAUUUGAGUGACGACAUGGAUGAAGAUAACUACGAGUCAGAUAACGACCCUCAUCCCCGCAAAAGACAAAGAGUCGACUACAAGCACGACUCUGAAUCACACACUGAUACCAACGAUAUAAUAGAGGUGGAAGAACCUCAAACGUUAGAGGAUCUGGAAUCAUUGACAUCGAGAUUGAUCUCAAAUUGA